CUCGGUCUGUGCGCAACCGGAACCUUUUUUUUCCCCCCACAUCUGACACUCACCGCGGACAUAUUUUGGUGUAACACACAACAUCUAGUGAGGCUCCGAAGUUGUCACUGUCGACAUGUGUAUGUUAAACUUUUUCAAGGUUGUUGCUAGUGCAGAAGGAAGAUUCCCCUGAGAAGCUUUGUAGCCGCCUUUGGAUCAUGAGUGGCUCCAAGCCGGACAUCCUGUGGUCUCCCCACCACCCGGAUCACUAUGUCAUCUGUGACUCUGAGCUGGGACUGUACCGCAUCGGGCCUGUGGGCAGCGCGGAAACCAAGGCCGGCUCUCUGCCCCUCUCUGAAGGCACCGCUGCUACUUUGCUGGCCAUUAACUCUGACACGCCUUACAUGAAGUGUGUGGCCUGGUACCCCAAGCAUGAGCCUGAGUGCCUGCUCGCUGUGGGCCAGGCUAAUGGCCGAGUUGUCCUCACUAGCUUGGGCCAGAGCCACAACUCUAAAUGUAAGGAGCUUGUGGGGAAAGAGUUUGUGCCCAAGCACGCCCGGCAGUGCAAUACUUUAGCCUGGAAUCCUUUAGACAGCAACUGGCUGGCUGCCGGGUUGGACAAGCACAGAGCGGACUUCUCUGUCCUCAUCUGGGACAUUAGCAGUAAGUUUUCUCCUGAGGCGAGCGUAGCCGCCGAAAAGAUCCGCCUCUCGUCUGUUGAUUUGGACUCGGGAACGGUGGUGACCAAACCGCUGUACGAGUUAGGCCAGAACGACGCCUGCCUGUCUCUGUGCUGGCUACCUCGCGACCAGAAGCUGCUCUUGGCCGGGAUGCAUCGCAACCUGGCCAUAUUUGACCUGAGGAACACCAGCCAGAAGACGUUCGUCAACACCAAGGCCAUCCAGGGGGUGACGGUCGACCCACACUUCCACGACCGUGUGGCCUCGUUCUUUGAGGGCCAGGUGGCCAUCUGGGAUCUGAGGAAGUUUGAGAAGCCUGUGCUCACGCUGACUGAGCAACCCAAGCCGCUCACUAAGGUGGCGUGGUGUCCAACCCGCACCGGCUUGCUGGCCACGCUUACACGCGACAGCAACAUCAUCCGUCUGUAUGACAUGCAGCACACGCCGACACCCAUCGGCGACGAGACGGAGCCCACCAUCAUCGAGCGCAGCGUGCAGCCGUGUGACAGCCAGAUCGGCAGCUUUGCCUGGCACCCGUCCUCCCAGAACCGCAUGGUGGUGGUGUCCGCCGCCAACCGCGUCAUGACUGACUUCACCGUGUUCGAGCGCAUCUCGCUGGCCUGGAGCUCCACCACCUCGCUCAUGUGGGCGUGCGGCCGGCACCUGUACAACUGUGCCGAGGACGGGGCCGAAGGAGCGGAGAGCAUGAUCGAGAAAGACAUAGCCACCAAGAUGAGGCAGAGGGCCCAGUCCAGGUACGGCCAUGAUACCGUCCAGGUGUGGAGGAACCACCUGCUAGCAGGAGGGGAUGAUCCCCAGCUCAAGUCCUUGUGGUUUGACCUGCACUUUAUGAAACAGUGCACGGAGGAUAUGGACCUGAAACUGCAGGGGAACAAACAGUCCAUUGUUUACUCCGGUAUCAAGAACAUUGUCAAGACCAGCUCAGGCACGACGGAGAGCCGCAGGUGCUGGAGUGGCUCGGACCGGCAGACGGACGUCCCGCGGUACCACAGCGAGGAGCGAAGCCUGGUCCUGCGGCUCUGCGGCUGGAUCAGCCGGGGGCCCGACACCGACGUUGAGCCCUUCCUGCGCUCCCUGGAGCAGGACCGUGAGUGGGAGCGGGCCGCCGCUGUGGCUCUCUUCAACCUGGACAUCCGCCGGGCCAUCCAGAUCCUCAACAAGGGAGCCGUCGCUGAGAAGGGUGACCUGAACCUGAACGUGGUGGCCAUGGCUCUCUCAGGCUACACCAACGAGAAGAGCUCCCUGUGGAGGGAGAUGUGCAGCUCCCUGAGGCUGCAGCUGAAGAACCCCUACCUCUGCAUCAUGUUUGCCUUCCUCACCAGUGAGCCUGGCGCCUACGACGGUGUGCUGUAUGAGAGCAGUGUUGCUGUGCGUGACCGAGUGGCCUUUGCCUGUAUGUUCCUCAAUGAUGCACAGCUGCCUCGAUACAUCGAAAAACUGACCAAUGAGAUGAAGGAGGUCGGCAACCUGGAGGGCAUCUUGCUGACGGGCCUGACGAAAGACGGUGUAGACCUGAUGGAGAGCUACGUGGACCGCACCGGAGAUGUCCAGACCGCCAGCUUCUGCAUGCUCAAGGGUUCCCCAGGUGAGGUGGUGAAAGACCCUCGAGUCCAGUGCUGGAUCGAAAACUACCGCAACCUGCUGGAUGCAUGGAGGUUCUGGCAUAAACGGGCCGAGUUUGACAUCCACAGGGGGAAACUGGAUCCCAGCUCCAAACCGCUGGCCCAGGUGUUUGUGAGCUGCAACUUCUGCGGAAAGUCCAUCUCCUACAGCUGCUCGGCGAUGCCCCACCAGGGUCGGGGCUUCAGCCAGUAUGGUGUCAGCGGCUCACCCACCAAGUCAAAAGUCACCAGUUGCCCCGGGUGUCGGAAACCCCUGCCACGCUGUGCCCUCUGCCUCAUGAACAUGGGCACGCCUGUUUCCAAUUGCCCAGGCACGGGGAAGUCGGAUGAGAAGGUGGACUUGACAAGGGAGAACAAACUGGCCCAGUUCAACAACUGGUUCACCUGGUGCCACAACUGUCGACACGGCGGCCAUGCUGGCCACAUGCUCAGCUGGUUCAGAGACCACACAGAGUGCCCAGUGUCCGCCUGCACAUGUAAAUGCAUGCAGCUGGACACCACAGGGAACCUGGUGCCUUCAGACAGCAGCUAAGCAUGGAGAAGCCGGUCAGGACCUAAAGCCAAAACACCAGCCCAAAGCCGCCCAGUGCAGACUCACUACCGCACCCGCCACAUCUAAAACUGGGCAAGGGACAAAGGGUUCCACCAGUGCCCUGUUCUGAAUUGGUCGUCUGAAUAGUCUUUAAGUUAUAGUCUCGAGUGAAUGUACCCUUGUAACAUAGACGUUUUAUGACAAGAAGGGAGGCAGUGUGUGUUGCUGAUGUGUUACUGAUCUGACUAACUUAAUCAAUGAAGGAAAGGGAGCAAAUGCAGCCCGAUGCUCUGCUGAAUAAUAAAAUCUGAGAUCCCACUCAGGAGAAUAAUGUGAGGUUGUGCUAUAAUCAGCCUCUGAUCUGAUCUAACCUGAAUCAGGAUAACUCUUUUAUUAUGAUCUGUAUUAAAAAAAAAAAAAAAAAAAAAA